AUGGAGACCGCCGAGCCUGUGCCGUACGAGUUCUCCGGCCAUGGAGUCGGCGCAUUCGGGCAUCGUCGUGCAAUGGACUCGCCGCUGUUCCCCUUCUACUCCCAUCCCACCUCCACUCCAUAUUCGCUGCCCUACCAAAAUCCGGCGCCGGCGGCGUACAGCUUCGGCUCCACGGCCUUGAACCAGCCGCCGCAUCCCUAUCACCGGAACACCCUCCGCUGCAGCCGACCCUCCCCAGAGAUUCGCCCCGCGAAAAACGCCAUAAAUCCCGCUAGUAAGCGAGAUUUGGGCUUGCGAGGCUCAUCGGGCGCCUCGACUGGCGCGGGUGCGCAAGAGAAAAAGGGCGCCGAGGCCGAGUUCUCCACCGAGGUGGAUGUCUUGAUGAAGGCCAUUCAAGCCAAGCCAGAAACCUCGCCAGUGCAGCAGUCAUUGCCACCUCUUCAACAGCUGGCUCCGCCCGGAUAUCCAGCCUAUCCCAUGUCGCCCCCGCGCUGCCUGCUCACCAACGAAGGGCAGCUGUCGCGGUCGGGUAAGAAGCGCAAGUAUACCUGCACGCUGCCCAACUGUGGCAAGAGCUUCGCCCAGAAGACACACCUGGAAAUCCACACCCGGGCACAUACGGGAGACAAGCCCUUUGUCUGCAAGGAGCCCUCAUGCGGCCAACGGUUCUCGCAGCUAGGCAACCUAAAGACCCAUCAACGACGCCACACCGGUGAGAAGCCGUUCAAAUGCGAAAUCUGCCAUAAACAGUUCGCCCAGCGAGGCAAUGUUCGCGCCCACCAGAUCACCCACAUGCACAAUAAGCCAUUCACCUGUCUCUUGGAUGACUGUGGAAAGAAGUUCACCCAGCUGGGUAAUUUGAAGUCGCACCAGAAUAAGUUCCACGCCACAACGCUUCGCAAUCUCACCCUUCGGUUCGCUCAAAUGGGCGACAAUGGACCCUCUAGCCCGCAAGACAGGGAGCUGUGGGAGUAUUUUGCCCAACUAUAUAAGAACAGCAACAAGGGGAUCAAGGGCAGGGGCAAAGACCGUCGAAUCGCGACAACGAAGCGGUCGGCUGCCACCAGCACCUCGAUGAAUCCAAUCAACUCGAUGAACAUGAUGAUGAACCGUAUGUCCUCUAUGGAGUCAGACGAAGAUCCACAGGCUCGCCGCGGCAGUUACGAAGACACCUUAUCGAUGUAUACGGGUGGAUCCAGCAGUGACGGGGACGACCCAGGCCCGUACUACGUGGACCGGCGCGGUCCGUGA